UCGAGCGUGUCACUAUGAUGGUGAUCCUGCUGAACUGCGUGACGUUGGGGAUGUACCAGCCCUGCGAGAACAUCGACUGCAACUCACAACGCUGCAAGAUUCUGCAGGCCUUCGAUGCGUUCAUCUACAUCUUCUUUGCGCUGGAGAUGGUGGUGAAGAUGCUGGCACUGGGGAUUCUGGGUCGUCGCUGUUACCUGGGUGACACAUGGAACCGCUUGGACUUCUUCAUCGUCAUGGCCGGUAUCGUGGAGUACUCCCUGGACCUGCAGAACGUUAACUUCUCCGCCAUCAGGACGGUGCGGGUACUGCGGCCGCUCAAAGCCAUCAACAGAGUGCCAAGCAUGCGUAUCCUGGUCAACCUGCUGCUGGACACGCUGCCCAUGCUAGGCAACGUGCUGCUCCUCUGCUUCUUCGUCUUCUUCAUCUUCGGCAUCAUCGGGGUGCAGCUGUGGGCGGGGCUCCUGAGGAACCGCUGCUACCCCGCCGAGAACUUCACCCUCAACAUGGCCGUGCGUCUCCCCCGGCCCUACUACAUGGCGGACGAGGACGACGAGCGGCCCUUCAUCUGCUCGCUGCCCGUGGACAACGGCAUCAUGGCGUGCACCGACGUGCCGGCGCGGCGCGAGGGCGGCCGCACCUGCUGCCUGGACAAAGAGGACGCGCUGCACCGCCGCUCGCUGGGCCUCAGCGCCGACCCCCCGCCCGUCAUCGCCAACGGCAGCCACGGCAACCCGGGGCUGUGCGUCAACUGGAACCAGUACUACACCCGCUGCCAGACCGGACACAGCAACCCGCACAAGGGCGCCAUCAACUUUGACAACAUCGCCUACGCCUGGAUCGUCAUCUUCCAGGUCAUUACCCUGGAGGGCUGGGUGGAGAUCAUGUACUAUGUGAUGGAUGCUCACUCCUUCUACAACUUUAUCUACUUCAUCCUGCUCAUCAUCAUCGGCUCCUUCUUCAUGAUCAACCUGUGCCUGGUGGUCAUCGCCACCCAGUUCUCGGAGACCAAGCAGCGGAAGCAGCGGGAGCACCAGCUCAUGCAGGAGCAGCGCGCCCAGUGCCUGUCCUCCUCCACCCUGGCCAGCCAGCCGAGGGACUGCUACGAGGAGCUCUUCCAGCUCGUCUGCCACGUGCUGCGCAGGGCGCGCCGUCGCGCCGUCACCCUCUUCAACGCCCUGCGGGGAAGCCCAGGGGCUUCCGGGGCCUCCUAUUGCCCAGACUACAACAAACCCGACCAUGUGACCCCAGCCGAGCCAAUGGCACUGGACGUGGCCGUGGCCGUGUCGCUCGGCGCCGCUGGAGCUGCGGGGCCCGGCGACGGCGGUCCGGCCAAUGAGGCGGCGGGGGAGGCGGAGAUAGAGGAGACGGACGGGGAGGGGGACCGAUGCUGCGCCAGAGAAAAGGGGGAGAAAGGCGGGGGGUGCCACCCCCGGCGGCGGUGCCAGGGGCUGUGGUACGAGGUCCGGGUGAAGCUCUGGAGCAUCGUGGAGAGCAAGUACUUCAACAGAGGCAUCAUGAUCGCCAUCCUCAUCAACACCAUCAGCAUGGGCAUCGAACACCACCAACAGCCAGAGGAGCUGACCAACGUCUUGGAGAUCUGCAACAUCGUCUUCACCAGUAUGUUUUCGCUGGAGAUGAUCCUGAAGAUCACGGCAUUUGGCUCCUUCAACUACCUCAACCCCUACAAUGUGUUUGACAGCAUCAUCGUCAUCAUCAGCAGCCACCUGUGUCCGCCUGGCCUGUGUUUCCGGAUCCACAAGAUGAUGGAGGUGUACAAGCCAGACUGGUGUGAGAGCCGGCAGGACUGGUCUGUGUACCUGUUCUCCCCUCAAAACAAGUUCCGUCGACUGUGCCGUUCCAUCAUCGUUCACAAGCUGUUUGACUAUGUGGUUCUGGCCUUCAUUUUCCUCAACUGCAUCACCGUGGCUCUGGAGAGGCCUAAGAUCAUGCAGGGCAGCCUGGAGCGUCUCUUCCUAACCGUCUCAAACUACGUAUUCACUGCCAUCUUCGUCACGGAGAUGACUGUCAAGGUGGUGUCUAUGGGGCUCUACCUGGGCGAGCGGGCCUACCUGCGUAGCAGCUGGAACGUCCUGGACGGUUUUCUGGUGUUUGUGUCUCUCAUCGACAUCGUGGUGUCCAUGGCAGGAGGGGCCAAGAUCCUGGGGGUCCUCAGGGUCCUUCGCCUGCUACGGACUCUAAGACCCCUCCGGGUGAUCAGCAGGGCUCCAGGUCUGAAGCUGGUGGUGGAGACCCUCAUCACGUCUCUGAAGCCCAUCGGAAACAUUGUCCUCAUUUGCUGCGCCUUCUUCAUCAUCUUCGGCAUCCUGGGAGUACAGGUGCCCUCCACCACUCACUCACUGUGCUACAUAGUCACACACUGGCCGUACUUUUAUAGUCACACACUGAUUAUCCGAUUGGCCGAAGUGGAGCAGGCGUCUCUGAUGUCAGAGCAGAUGUCAGACAAGUCUUCCCUGGCGCUGCCUGAUGACCUCAGCCUGGACGAACACAGCAUGUACCAACUGCUGCUCCCAGAUCCGCCGCCCCAGAGGGGCGGUAGCUCCUGUCCCAGCCCAGAGGAGCAGCGCGAGGUGGGGUCCCGGGGAGGCUCUGACCCCGUCAGCCCGGACAGCAGUGGGGGGGAGGAGGGUCUCCGGUGGCGGCUGCAGGAAGGGCUCCUGCCCCGCUCCGCCCCUACCUCGCUGGGACGCUCAGGUGCAGCACGGCACGCCAACGCUGGCCUCACAGAAACUCAAGCGGGCGACCUGGGAGCAGGCGGUGCCAGAGGAGAGGAGGAGGAGGAGGAGGAGGAGGAGGAGGAGGGCUCAGCCUUGCCCGCCUUCCCCCUCCCGGCGGACUUCUUCCACCCGGCCCAUGUGGCCCCGCACGGCAGCCCGCCGCCAGACGCCGACCCGAGCAGGAUAGACCCGUCAAGGCUGGCCUCCCCCGCCUCCUGGGCCUCCCUCCGCUCCCCGGCCGUCCACAGCAGGGACCUCUGUUCCCAGCACCCCUCCCACAGCGGCUCCUCCCUGGCUACAGCCAGCUCCAACGGCAGCCUGCAGACCACCCUGGAGGAGGGGCUGAGCUUCAGCGUCACCCUGACAGGACACCAGGGCCUCCAGCAGCCCCUGCUCUGCCCUUUGCCCCCCAGCCAGCCCCUCUCCUACACCCGUACACCCCCACCGCACACCGCCCAGGCCCAGGGCUCGGCCACGCUGCGGGGUCGCAGCACUGCGCUGACCCUCCAGGCCACCAGGGGGCACCAGAGGAGCCAGAGCAGCUGUGGGGGCAGCAUCAGUCCAGGGGGCCUCCGCCAGGACUCCAUGGAUCCCUCGGACGAGGAGGCGGGCACGGGGUCUGGGCGUGGCGGUGCCGGCAGCCAGGCGUUCAACAGCGAGCACCUCUCAGAUGUGCUGAGCAGCCUUUCGCUGACGUCGCUGCUCUCUCCGGUCUCUCUGGAGCCCCCUGUGGUGAAGAAGUGUAACAGCACCGGCUCCCUCAAUCAGGCCAACCUGUCCACACGGAGCCAAGAUGGCCGCCAGUGUUGCGGCAUCGAUGCCCAUGGCUACUUGUCCAACCCCUGGGAACAGUACCGGGGAGAGCAAGAUGGCGGAUUUAGCAUGGUGAACAGAGGCAGCGACAGCCAAAUAGCGAACACAAGCCCCAGAAAAAACAGAUGAAAUACCUCUCUCCCUCUCUUUUCCUCUUCUUCCAACUCACUACUUUCUCCCUCCAUUUGCUAUUCUGGGAUGGCGGAUGGCUGGGCGAGAGACUAUUAACUUGCUGUCCGUGAGGUCCUGCCAAUGCUGACAAACUUCCUAUUCCUGUUGCUCAUCACGAACGGCGAGAUGUCCGUGUGCUCUCUCGCUGACACCUCGCGUGGUUGCGCAAGGUCGGUUGGCUGCCGUGGUUUGAAUGUCUCGUCUUUACCGCAGAAGACGGGAUUAGCGGAGCGUUAGCGUAAUGAAGACCCUAGCUCGGAGGAUUGAUUGCUGGAGACACUGGAAGAGAAUUUAGCAGCACCGGUGUGGUGUUGGAGCUUAGCUAGCUAGCUAGAUACAAAAUGAAUGUUUCUCUUUGAAACAGGGCUAGCAUGACGCACCACUCAGUCUCACCCUCGCAAAAACACAACUUUGUUCAAAGGCAGUUGAAUAAUCAUCUGGGGAUCCUUUUUGAAUAACAAAUUAACUUUGUACAGAUGUUUAGGGUUUUUGAUUUGUUUUUUUGUAAGAACCGUCACCAACCGUAGCAUCGACAUCUAAAUAUUUUUUCUACCUGUUUAGCCGAUUCCACAGGGGCGGGAAAGCCGCUGUUCCACUUGAUGUGUUCUAACGUUGUGCUUGACAAGAGUGUUGGAGUUGUGUUGAUGUAGUCAUGACGAUGUAGUCAUGACAAUGAGGAGAAGAAAAGGAGAGCAGGAGGGCAAAAAAAAGUAAUGGCUAGUCUGAAAAUAGCCGUAACGGGUGAGGAGGCAGGUGAGGGAGGGGGGGGGGGGUGGGGGGGUGGCGGGGUCAAAGAGCAGGAUGGGUGAACCGCUGCUUCAAAGCAACCGGUGAGGGUGAAGGAGCAGAGCAAUGCUACACCAUCACUCCUUCGGCUCUGCCGGGAAAGGGCUAAAACAGGAACAGCUAACAGGUCUGCAUGAGUGCCAUGACCACAGUGUGACCCUGGCACGACCCCACCAAUGAAAAUACUUCAGUUAGUUUUUAGUCCACCUGGUUUCUGAUGGAGAUUAUGUUGAGCACAUCGUGGCAGUACCAGAGGUAUCCCCAUUCCUUAGGCAAUGGAAGGAAAUCAUUUGAAUGUGUACACCCGAUAUCUACUAGUGAUGGAACUAUUGACUAUACAUAUAUAUAUGAUAAGAAUACGAGGACUAUACAGAUACCUAAAAGAAGACAAAUACAACCGUCAGAAAGACGAAUGAAGACUGUUGUACUUGAUGUGGGCCGUAGUGUAGAGAGAGAGAGAGAGAGAGAGACAGUAUCGGAGAGGGACAGCUGAUAUACUGAAUAAAUAGUUGCUUAAUCUACAAGCAGAUAGUCUAAUCAAUGGGCAGCAACAGAAGUACGGCAGCCAUCGAGGGCCAACUGUCAUGUUUCACUCUGUGCACUGUUUCCUGCCUGUUUUACCAAGUUUUUAAUGAAAGCACGACAUACAAGAGAUGGCGAUUAAUACUUUGACUGGAGGCAGUUAUUUAUAAAUCCACUGGAGGUGGAACUCAGGUGAAGAGUAGCACACACUGAAAUCAGUUUUACACAAAUGCAGGAGAACACACACGCACGCGCACACCCACACAUACACACACUCACUGCACAAGACCACCGCAACGAAGCGCAGUAUGCUCCCACAUUUUGAUUUCAUUAACCUUUGGAAGCAGAUAGAUGAAGGAGAGAGAGGGUGGGAUGGGGGGGAGGGUCUCUUGCCCUCCUGUUUUAUCAUUUCGUCCUGCUUUGUCCUAUCCUCAGCUCUCUGUUCGCAUUGAUUUAGAAAGGAGAGCUGGCAUCGCCAAAUGGCGGUUGACUUUCCCCCCUUAUUUGAGAUAUGCAAUAUGGGUACGGUAGACUCACGGUGAGGUAGGCAAUGUGGCUACGGAAGAGUAUAUUUAUAAAGAUGUAUGUGAUUUUAAAUUCAUCCCCGGGAGCUCUGAGGUCAUUUCGAAUGGUGAUGUGGUGGAACGUCAUGUGGCUCGAGGUGGUGGAAUGUGUUAACCCUUCUUUCCCCCUCUUGCCGCCUUUUGAUUUCCUCUUCAAUGCAUGUGUUUUCUCUCCUUGUUUGUUUUGUAAAUGUCAUUCUAGUACCAUGCUAAUAAAGCUAGCUAGCUUUUCACGAGCGACCCGCUCCUCCUCUCCUCCUCCUCGAUCCUUGUUCUAUUCUUCUCGCACCGAUGAUGAAGAUGAUGAUGAUGGUAGUGAAUGUGAAGAUGGUAGUGAUGAAGAUGAUUAGAUUCCAUGUCCCAGCUCGGACGACAGAACAUUAUUUCCUUUAUUUACAGAAUUCCCAGCAUAUUUAGGAAACGGUGAGGACAUUUUUCUGCACUGUUUUGGCUGCCUCAAUGUCCUUGACUUAUUUGAGCACAUUUAGUAGGACCAUGAAAAAGGAUCUGUCAACUGGUCUUUGAGAUCUAAGAGAAUAAAGGAAAAAUUAUAUAUUCUCAA